CUAGAUUGCAGCUGCAAACAACGACUGGCUUACUACGCUACAUACUGCGAGAAGAGGCCGUUUGCUGCAUCGAAAGGUCCCAUUCUCGCUGGUCAGCCCUUCGCCGCCUGACGCGUCUUUCUAGGCAUUUCGCAGCAAGCUCAAGUGUGCGAGGGAUGGCGCUAGCACAACUUCUGGAUGCGUUGUUCAUUCCGGGGGCGCCGAGGGGCCCCCACCCCACUGGGAACCGCCACGGCGCUGCCGGCGGGCCCCUCCUCCGUCCCAAGCCAAGCUCCGGUGGCUGCUUCUACCUGCCCUCCGCCACCACAACCUCUCCGACACCCAGCUCCCCGCUGGAGUCGCACGAGGCUGACCCCUCGGGCUCUGGCAGCGCCCGCACCGGGGCUGGGCCUGGAACGCCCGGCUGCGCCUCGCCCUCCCCCGCCUCCCCCGCCUCCGCCGGCGGAGCCGCCCCAACGGCCGGGCCGCAGCCGCCACGCGAGCUGCCGCGUGACGCGCUGGAGGCUGUGCUGCGGCGCUGUGACGCCGACACGCUGGUGGGCGCGGUGCCGGCCGUGUGCCGCGCCUGGCGGGAGGCGGCGGCCGCGGUGGAGGUGUGGAAGGAGCGGCUGGCGGCUGGGCUGCAGGCGGAGCUGGAGCCUCUGUCGGCGCUGGGUCCGCCGCUGAGCCCGGGCCGCCUGCACCUCAUCCUGCAGGGCCGCAACCUGCUGCGGAACCCGGUGUUUCGGAAAGACGCCAACUCGCAGCUGCCUCUGGGCCGCACGGCCGCCACCGCCCGCAGCAAGUGGCAGCGCAGCGCCUGGGUGACCACCGCAGCCAUGGGCGACGGCGUGUCGUGGGAGCUGCCGCCCGCAGGCAUUCGCGCGUACGGCACGGCCGCACACCCGCAGGGCGCGCCGCCGCUGCCGCCGCCUUACCCGGGCAGCGGUCACGGGAGCGGUGCUGCAGCGGGAGGAGGAGGAGGAGGUGGCGGCUCGGGACGCCUGGUGGCGGCGGCGCGGGUGAUGGGGCUGUUUGGGAACGGGAGUGGCGGCUUCGGGCCUGUGGGAUGGGGCGGCGGCGGCGAGGACGGCGGCGGCUAUCAGCAGGGCUGCCUGGCCACCGGCAACGAUUGGUGCGAGGUGGUGCAGGUGGUUGACCUGCAGUGGGAGCUGCAGCGGCGCGGGCUGAGUGCGGCGCAGGCGGCCCACCUGCUGGACGCGGGGCUGGGGCUGAGGCUGGCGGUGCACGUGGGGAGCAGGUGGGACUGUGUGGGCCAGUACAGUGUGGGUCUGGUGCUAGACGAGGGCAGCGCCGGCAACGCCAACGGCUACGGCGGGGACGGCUCUGUGGCGGAGGGCGACGACGUGCUUCCCUCGCUGCAGUCGUUUGUGAUGCGGCCCACACGCCACCACUUCUGGCUGGGCCGGGCGGUGUGUACCAGCGACAGCUGGCAGCGCUUCGAGUACGUUGUGCCGGCCUGCCCGCGCGGCUUCAGGCGGGCGGUGGUGAUGCUGCGCGGCCGUCGUGCGCCCAACUCGCUCAUCGUGUCGCCCAUGCCGCGCUUCUGUGGCGCCAAGUUCGCGGCCGCGGAACUGGUGUUCUGCUGAUGGGGCAUUUAGGCGAAUGGGGGAAUCAGAGUCGGUGAGCUGAACGAAUUUUGUGGGUGGACGUUGACGCUAGGCGAGAAUGCUGGUGUGGUUUGAUGUGCGUGCCGGUUUCUCGGAAGGUUAUGUGACCUGUGGACCUGUGUGGACUGCCAUGACUGCACGUUUGCACGCGUUGCGUGCUGUGUUGGCUGUUUGUGAUCUGGGAACCGCGUGGUGUCCUGGUUGGUGGGGUGGACAAUCUGCUCUUGCGUUAUUCUGUUUGGGUGAGUUGUGCGACAGGGUCCCUGCCACCCGCGGGUCCUAUUGCCUCUGCUGCUACACGCUGGGCGCUGUGGCCAUGGGAGUUGUGCGUCGGGUGGAACAGGGAACGAGUGCAGCAGCAGAUAGGGCGGUGGCCUCACUGGCCUGCGUGUCGGGCACGUGGGCGCGUGGAGACCAGGUCAGGAGUGCAGA